AUGAGGUCGGUAAGGUCCCGUACUUCUCGUUCAGCGGGAAGCCGUAUUUCCAGUUCCUUAUCGAUAGCCAGAGCGAUAGAGCAUCAGAAGACUGCAGAGCUGUUAGCCAGAUCUAGAGCACUCCAAGAGAAAGGAAAGUUGGAGGAAGAAAAGCUCCAGUUUGAAGCAAGAAAGAGAGAAGAGGAAUUGAGAAUUAAGCAGAAAGAAGAAGCAUUUGAACUAAGAACCGAAUUGCAGGUAUCAAGUGCUAAGGCUGCAAUCCUCGACGAAUUGGAGCAGAGUGAAAUUCGAGACGAGCAAAACUUGAGCGGCUUUCCCCUUCCCCCCUUUGGACUACACUCACCAGUGGGUGCGGCCUUCAGCCCCGCUGCACCAGUGUUUGCCCCAGAAGCACAAGGUUUAGACCCCAACAGCUUGACCGAUGAACACAUCGAAAAGAAGCCCUCCAAUCAGGCCUUUUUGCAAGAAACCAAGGAGCCACAAAUUGAAAGCGCAACUGAGGCAAACAAAACUAAGCAGGAGGAUCAAGUCUCUAUUGAAUCAACCAUAUCCAUAGCCAAACAUCUCGUCAAUGAAAUCCGAAAGCCAAACUCUGACCUUACAAAAUUUAAAGGAGAUCCCUUGGAGUACAAGCGAUUCAUACGGCAGUUUAAGGCCAGAGUUGUUGCCAACACUGUUGAUGAGGACGAACGGAUGAAUUAUUUAGAGCAGUUCACAGAGGGAGAGCCACAUAACAUCGUUAACGGGUACAGCUGUCUCCCUGCUGAAGUAGGCUAUCCUGCCGCCCUUAAGGAAAUGGAAAGGCGCUACGGAGAUCCGGACCUUCUGGCCAACGCUUACAUACAGAGGGCUUUGAGGUGGCCGGAGAUAAGACCAGAUAACCCAGCCGGACUAGACGCCUUUGCGAUAUUCCUGGUGGAGUGUAAGAAUGCUGUUCACUCCAUAAAUGCAGCAAGGGUUCUGGAGUAUUCAGAGAACAUCAAGCGUCUUGUGUCGAAACUCCCUUUCUAUCUUCACGACAGAUGGCGAAAUGUAGUCUCGAACAAGAAAGAGAACAACGAGCCAGUGACCUUCACUCAUCUGGUAGAUCUUGUCCAAAAGGAGGCCAGGAAGGCUACAGAUCCAGUGUAUGGACGGUUUGCUCUGGGAGGCAAGCCCAAGGACGACAAAACAGGACAUCCAAAGCUACCCAUCAGAAAGUUUGGAUGCGCCUCCACAGCAAAUGAGUUUGAUAACAACGUCAGGGAUGAGAAACAUGACGGUGCACACACAGGCCCCAAGUUUGCCGAUAUAGCAAGUUCAAAGCCCUGCAGUUUCUGUCAAGGACCUGGUCACGCAAUGUCGGAAUGCCGAAAGCUGGGAGCCAAAUCACUAACAGACAGGUUGCAGUUUCUGAAGUCCAAGGGACUUUGCUUUGGUUGCCUGAAGUAUGGUCAUCUGAGCCGACGUUGCAGAGCAAGAGCCAAGUGCAAGGAGUGCAACGCCACGCACCCGACACUACUUCACAGAGAACGGGAACAACAAGACAACCAAGACUCCCCACGGCUCGACACCCCCAAGACCAAUGACCAGGGGAACUCCUGUUCCACUAACAUGUCAUCAGGCAUGGACAGGGCCAGAUCCCAGAUGGGAGCCGGAGCAGGUCUUUGCACCAUGGCAGUCAUACCAGUAAGAGUCAGAUCCCCAACCACCCAUACCUACGCAUUCCUUGACCCCGGCAGUAAUGUAACCUUCUGCACCGAGAACCUUGCCCAACAGCUUGGAGUAACUGGCAAGGCCACUACCAUGGAAUUGCACACCAUGGGACAGUCCCAGAAGUUCACCACACACCGUAUUUCAGGACUGGAGGUGUGUGGACUGGACAAUGGUUCUACAGUUGAGCUUCCUUUGGUCUACACUAAACCCAAGAUGCCUGUCACCAGAGAUCUUAUGCCAACCCAAGAGGACAUUGAUAGGUACGAGCACCUUAGAGAGAUUGAACUUCCUGUAAUUCAGGCCGAGGUGGGGAUGCUAAUAGGCAAUAACGUCCCAGCUGCCUAUACGCCACAAGAACUGAGAACAGGACAAGAAAACGAGCCCCAUGGAGCCAGAUCAGUGCUUGGAUGGAUCAUAUGGGGCAUGGUCAGAGGUAGGGAAGAGCCCUGCCACCUUUCCAACCUGCAACUAGCCAGAGAAGAAGCAGGACAACUUCAGAGGUUGGAGAACAUGGUGAGAGCGUCCAUAGACAUGGACUUUCCAGAGCGCCUGGUUGACAGUAAGAAGGAACCUUCCGUUGAAGAUAAGCAAUUUGAAGAAAUUAUUGGAACAACUCUGAAGUUGGUGGGAGACCACUACCAGUGUGACUUGCCCUUUCGCGAGCCAGCAUGCAAGCUUGAGGACAACAGAUUUCAUGCCAUGGACCGUCUGAUGUCCUUUAAGAAGAAGCUAAGAAACAACCCGACGUUCAAUCAAGACUAUGUGACCUUCAUGAGCUCACUAAUGGAGAAAGGGUAUGCCGAGAAGGUCACUGAUGCCCCCGAAGAUAACAGAGAACGAGUUGGUCGAUGGUACAUGCCCCAUCAUGGCAUCUACAACCCCACCAAACCAGGCAAGAUAAGAGUUGUGUUUGAUUGUUCGGCAAAGACUAGAGGAGUCUCCCUAAACGAUGUACUCCUCCCAGGACCGAUCCUCACGAACAAGGUAGUAGAUGUUCUGCUUCGCUUCAGACAGCAACCAGUUGGCCUAAUGGGAGACAUUGAGGGCAUGUUCUUCCAAGUAAGGGUCUCUGAACGCCACAGAGACUUUCUACGAUACCUGUGGUUUCCAGAGGGAGACACAUCUAGACCACCAGAGACCUACCGUCUGAAGGCACACCCCUUUGGUGCCGUAUCGUCGCCAUCUUGCGCUUCUUCAGCUUUGCGUAAGUGUGCAACAGACAACGAACAUCAAGAGAUCUUGAGAAAAUUCUACGUCGAUGACUAUCUCUGUGCCAGUUUUGAUGUCACGGAAGCGAUUGAAACCAGGAAGAUUGUGAAGGAGGUGUGCCGCCGCGGGGGAUUCAACCUUCAUAAGUGGGUGAGCAAUAGUAAGGCAGUGAACGACUCCAUUCCUCCAGAGGAGAGAUCAAAGUCACAACAGCUGAACACUGAAAGCAUCGACCCGCCCCAAUCAGAGCGGGCAUUGGGAGUGUUCUGGAAUACAGUGGAGGAUAACUUUGGGUUUAAGGUGAACCUGAAGCACCGUCCAGCUACUCGCAGAGGCAUUUUAUCCGUCAUCAGCAGUGUCUUCGACCCAUUAGGACUAGCUGGCCCAUUCAUCCUUCCAGCUAGAAUUAUGCUGCAGCGUCUCUGUAAGCAAGACCUCGAAUGGGACAAGGAGAUUGGAGAAAGGGAAACGGUUGCAUGGAACCAGUGGCUGCUGGAUAUCGUCAAGCUGGAGCAAAUGUCAAUACCAAGAAGUGUGCGACCAAGCGACUUUGUAGACGUUGCGACCUGCCAACUCCAUGCCUUUUCCGAUGCUUCUGACGAAGGCUACGGCAUUGCCAUAUACACACGACAUGAGGACAGUUCAGGCAGAGUCUUUUGCAAUCUGCUAAUGGGAAAAUCUAGAGUGGCCCCUCUCAAGAAAGUCACUACCCCAAGGAUGGAGUUAACCGCAGCCAGUCUUUCAGUGAAGUUUAUCGCACUAAUUACUUCAGCAAUGGAGCUACACUUCAAUGUGUUCUACUGGACAGAUAGUACCUCCGUCUUGAGAUACAUUGCCAACAAGACCACAAGAUUCCACACCUUUGUGGCAAACCGUAUCACUACCAUUCAAGAGGGCUCCCGUAUUGAGCAGUGGCGGCACGUUCCGACUUUGAAGAAUCCAGCAGAUAUAGCCUCAAGAGGAAUUAGUCCGAAGGUAGACCCUACACUCUGGUUUCACGGGCCAGCCUUUCUUUGGGAGCCGGAAUCCAAAUGGCCAAAGACAGACAUCAUCAAGGAGUUGCCUGCAAAGGACCCAGAGGUCAAGCGAGUUCACGCCACAACUCUCAAGUUCCACGAAGGUUCCGCGUUCUUGGACCAGUGGAUAAGUCAGUUCUCAUCCUGGAGGAAACUAAAUACAAUGGUAGCAUGGCUGAUGCGAGCACAGGGGCUCUUCAAGCAGCGCCAGCUAUCCAGAGUUGAGCCAAAGGCAGCAGUGCAAAGUGAGACUGAGAGUCUUAAUCCCCUCACCGUGGACGAAUUGGAGACAGCAGGCACCGAGAUCAUCAAAUAUGUCCAGCAGAGCUGCGCCCUUACUGAGUCAGUGAGAAAGCUUUACCCUGUGUUGGACGAAGUUGGAGUACUAAGAGUUGGCGGCCGGCUCAGGCACUCAAAGCUGCCAGUAGACAUCAAGCAUCCAGUAAUCCUCCCUAAGGACUCUCACGUGUCAAGGUUGAUACUUAUUGCAGCCCAUCAGAGAGUUGGACAUCUCGGAGCCAGCAGCACAAUCACUGAAUUGAGACGCAAGUACUGGAUACCAAGGGCCAGUCUAUUGGUGCGCAGCAUCAUUGCAAGGUGUGUGCCAUGUCGUAGAUAUCGCGGUCGUCUUCAGAUACAGAAAAUGGCAGACUUACCCGAAGAGCGUUUGGAACCAGACCAGCCAGCCUUUACAAGGUCAGGUGUCGACUACUUUGGGCCAUUCGAAAUUAAGCGAGGUAGAAGCGUUCUGAAACGCUACGGCGUGAUCUUCACCUGCAUGGCUAGCCGCGCCGUCCAUCUGGAAGUUGCUCAAGACCUCUCUGCCGACUCUUGCAUCAACGCAGUGCGAAGAUUUGCUGCUCGACGAACCGUCAAGUUUAUGAGAUCUGACAAUGGAACUAACUUGGUAGGUGCGGAGCGAGAGAUGCGGGAAGAUAUUGAGAAGUGGAAUCAAGGGAUGAUCGACUCCAGUUUGAAGCAGUUGGGUAUACAAUGGGAGUUCAACUGCCCUCUAGCUUCCCACCACGGUGGAGCCUGGGAAAGGCUCAUACGCAUUACACGGAAGGUACUGUAUGGAGUUAUGAAGGAACAGCCAAUCAAGCUGGAUGACGAAGGCCUUCAGACACUGUUCUGUGAAGUCGAGGACAUCCUUAACAGCAGACCGAUCACCACAACGUCUAACAGCCAUGACGAUGAAGAGGCACUGACACCCAACCAUCUGUUGCGGCCACACUCCAAUAAGCGCUUACCCCCUGGCAUCUUCGUCAAGGAAGACCUGUACCUGAGGAAGAAGUGGCGACAAGUCCAGUACCUGACCAAUGUCUUUUGGAGAAGAUGGAGCCGCGAAUAUCUGGUAAGGCUUCAAGAGCGUCAGAAAUGGACACGGGAAACCCGGAACAUCAAGGUUGGAGACGUGGUUCUAGUUGCGGACAGCAAUCUUGUGCGGAACAGAUGGCCCAUGGGGCGAGUCCUUGUGGCUAGUCCAAGUGAAGACGGCUGUGUGAGAAGUGUGACAGUGCGCAUAGGAUCAUCAGAACUGAGAAGACCAAUCACUAAGCUGUGCCUCUUACUGGAAGCGGACAAUUAG